AUAACCAAAACUAAUAGACAGAGAGAGAAAGAAAGAAAAAAUGAUUGAGACGGUUAAGCACCUGGUUGGCUCCGGUGGCCCAAGCGGAUUUGGAUCAAGAUCCACCGCCGAACAUGUCACUGCUAAUUGUGAUCUCCGAUCUCUAACAGCAAUCAUCACUGGAGCGACGUCGGGAAUAGGAGCGGAGACGGCGCGAGUUCUGGCAAAACGUGGAGCGAGGCUUGUGAUUCCGGCUAGGAGUCUCAAAACCGCCGAGGAAACAAAGUCACGUAUCCUCUCUGAGUUUCCUGAUGCGGAGAUCAUCGUCAUGCAUCUCGACCUCAGCUCCCUCGCCUCUGUUCGUCGAUUCGUAGACGAUUUCGAAUCUCUUCAUCUCCCUCUCAACAUCCUCAUCAACAACGCCGGAAAAUACGCGCAGAAGCACGCCAUCUCUGAGGACGGGGUGGAGAUGACCUUCGCAACUAAUUAUCUCGGCCAUUUUCUGCUGACUAAGCUGCUGUUGAAGAAUAUGAUUGAAACGGCGGAGCAAACCGGCGUUCAAGGCCGUAUCGUCAACGUCACGUCAGUGAUCCAUAGCUGGUUCUCUGGCGAUAUGCUGCAAUAUGUCGCCGAUAUCUCCCGAAACAAUAGAAACUACGACGCGACCCGAGCUUACGCGCUCUCGAAGCUAGCCAACGUUCUCCACACCAUAGAGCUCUCCCGGAUUCUACAUAAAAUGGAUGCUAAUGUAACGGCAAACUGUGUUCAUCCUGGAAUCGUGAGAACGCGUCUCACAAGAGACCGAGACGGCCUCAUCACCGAUUUAGUCUUUUUCUUGACCUCCAAGCUUUUGAAGUCAGUUCCUCAGGCAGCAGCAACGACAUGCUACGUAGCAACGAGUCCGAGAUUGAGGAACGUGUGUGGCAAAUACUUUUCAGACUGCAACGAAGCUCGGACUUCUAAAUCCGGAUCGUGCAAUCUUAAAGCUCAGAGACUGUGGACUGCUUCUGAGUUGUUGGUUGCUCCAGCUUCCACUCCCAAUGUUUAUCAAACCUUUAACUACUUUUUAGCCAACGAUGCUAGUAUGUGUAAAUCACAAGACCUAGAUAGCUUUACUAUAAUAUAGGUUUAUACAUAGCGACAUAUGUUCUUUUGUGUGUGUAGGUGUGUAUAACCCAUGCCUCUAUAUUAUUUUUAUAUGUGGUUCUGGUUUUCAUGUAAAUAUAUAUAUAUAUAUAUAUAGAGUUGUAGGGUUUUGUAAAAUAUAGGUCUUUGUUAUGUGUUGAACAAAAAAAAAAGGUCUUUGUUAUGUAA